AAUAAGUGUGCCACAUUUAAUGUUAAUUUUGGAACAUCGUUCAUGACAUUUUCUGGGUGUAUUAAAUAAACUUUAGACACAUAAUUCGACGGGAGCUUCCGAGCUAAGAAACGGGCUUUACGGCUUCACAGAGAAAACCUAAUAUAGCACAUAAGUCGAUAAACGUGCAAUCAAAUCCCGGCAGAUCGGCCCAACAGGGCGGCAGUUCUUCCGUCACAAAACCCAUUUUCCGUGUGUCGUGUCCGUCGGCGACGGUCGCGGUCCUCCCUCGUUUCUUCCAAGCGGCCCUCCGUUCCGCAAAACGGAGCCGCCUCGCCGUCCGUCCCGCCGUCACUCGGUUAGUCCGCCGCCGCCGGUCCCGCUCCGGUCCAAGGAAGGCGGCCGGAGUGCAGUUUCCAUUAAAACACACGUUUCGAGUUUUCGGGAUCAAUAAUUCCUGUGUGGGUCCUGGGAAAACGUGUGCGCGCGUCUGCACCGAACCUAUCCGCUCCGCCAUAACGAUCCCAGUAGUCGCGUUGGACAGUCGUCCGGGACACCGAACGGGCACCGAGCCGCACUCUCACGCUCAGCUUGCAUGCGGGACCUCAUUUCCCAAAACGUAUUCCGUUGAUUUCCCGUUACGCGUUACCGGUGGUUCAGCACCGCUGCAUCGGUGUAUGGUGUAAGAACAAGGUGCCUCGGAUGAAAUCACACGAUCCUUUUGCUGGUUAUGCGAAAGACAUGCAAGUCGUCGGUUGUAUGUGGGGGUGAGUGUGGGCGUGAUGGGGCGGGGGCAGAGCUCGCCCAUGGAGCUCGGCUAGAGGCGUGCGCCCCUGCCCGGCUGUCCGGCCACACCUAGGCCCACGCAUGGAGUCGGACCACCGGGACCACCGCUGCCAUAGGCCUAGCGCCUUUGACAAAAUGGAGGGGCUGAUGCGAGAGAUGCAGGACACGGAUCACGGGGGCGUUCCAGUGAGAAGCCAAAAACUAUUUCUAACAUCAAUUCCUUCAGCUUUCAUGGGUUGCUUAGCUAGCUAUUAUGGAAUUUGGACUCCAGUGUUCAAAGGUUAUGACAUGAUUGAGUGGCUGAUGGAGCGCCUCGAAAUUGAAGAAUCAGAGGCUCUCAAUAUAGCCAACCAACUAUGUCAGUACGGUUAUUUUUUCCCUAUAAGCGACUCGAAAAAUUUAGCUGUUAAAGAUGAUAGUUCCCUCUACAGAUUUCAGUCUCCUUAUUAUUGGCCUUGGCAAAAUCGUCCACCUGAUAAUGUUGAGUACGCCAUUUAUCUAGCGAAAAGGACUUUAAGGAACAAGCAAAGACAUGGUUUAGAAGAAUACGAGCUAGAGGCUUUGAGCAAUUUGAAGAAGAACUUGGCUAACAAAUGGGAUUUUAUAACGAUGCAAGCAGAAGAACAGAUAAAAUUGGCUAAGGUGUUGAAGAAAGGAGACAAGAUCGUGAGCGACUCUCAGGAAAGAGCCUAUUGGCGUGUUCACAGACCUCCGCCGGGUGUGGUGGCCCCUUUAGAGCAAUGUCCGGUGCCCACAAGAAGCUGGAACGGUUCAAGGACUAGAAGGAGGACUAUAGAAGACUGCAGAAGAGAGGUGGAACUACUAAAAAACAGCUUAUCGAGAACAAGGGUAAAAGUAUCUCAAGCCCUUGAAAGCAUGAUUCAACAUGUACAAACGUAUCAUGAUUACGACCCCCUCACAAACGCUCAGCUCCCUCCAAACCCGUGGGUCAGCGAAGACACAACCUACUGGCAACUAAACAGUCCUUUAAUGGACUGUCCACCUACAAGUAGAGUGAAAAGAUGGGCCAUAUCCAUGGAAGAACUAGUAUCGGAUCCCACAGGCUUACGAGAAUUUACUCAAUACCUUAAGAAAGAGUACAGCCACGAAAACAUUAGAUUCUGGAGGGCUGUCAAUGACUUGAGAAGAUCCGCUCAGUCUCAAAUACCCAGGAUGGUCGAAGCGAUAUUUAAAGAGUUCUUAGCACCCGCAGCUCCUUGCGAGAUCAAUAUCGACGGUAAAACUAUGGAAAAAAUACACCAAGAAAUGAAAAACCCAACCAGGUUCACAUUCGACGCUGCCCAAGAACAUGUAUAUACUUUGUUGCUAAAAAAAGAUUGUUAUCCUAGAUUUAUUAGGUCCGAGUACUACAAAACGUUACUAGCGAAUGGCAACUACCCCAUACAAAAGAAAAGAUUCUUCGGUUUCGGCCCGACAAAGAAGAAAACAUCAACGAGCACAGCGCCCCUACCCCAGCUGGUGCAACAGUCGGGCGGAACGGCGCAGGGCGGCAGCGGGGCGGGUUCGUCGGUCUGCGCCGGCGCCUCCUCGCUGACCAAGAGACGCGGAAGCGAUCGCAGCCUUUCGGGGUCGGCGCACGAACUCGCCGUCGCCGGCGUCAAGGACCCCAAGGUGCCGCACUCGCACUCCCAGAGCAACCUCAGCGACAUACCCUACAGGGGAGACUUGGCGAACCUUCCCUCUAAUUCCGGCCCUUCGAUGGCUGCCACAGAGCCCAGCCCAGUGAAGAAACCAAGUAUCGCAAUAGUAGCGGGCGCGUCCACAUCGGAGGACGUCUGCCCUUGGGAGAGCGGGCCCCAACAACAGCACGAGCCCAGAUCAAGGAAGAAUUCAACGCAGCUGGACUCGGGAAGCUCGUCUUCGGACAUCAGCGUCGCCGUCGCUGAUGUCACGGAAAGGGUACAAAGGACGAGCAUCCUGACGCAGCAGCACACCCUUGACGGCGGCGGUCUGUGCACCGGCCGCUCGCUGACCGCCAAAUCGGCGGAGCCGGUCCGACGCGCCUCCGUCUCCGUGCCAAUCCAGCACAGCGGCGCGGACGGCACCCGCCGCAAAGUCAGCUCCUUCGAGGACAACAGCUCCGCAGCGACCAGCACCUCCUCGUCUGUGUUCACCCUACCCGCUGAGACCGCACCGCAAGAAGGUACGAGCGGCAAAAAGGGCGAGGUAGACGAGAGUGCGGACAAAACUGUAACCAAGAGCCACAGCCUGGCCAAGACUUGUUCAGUGGCGCCAAUAAUCAGUGUCAGUUCAGUGGCGGACGACUUACCCAGCGAAGAUUCGACGGCCGAAACUGAAAUACCGAUCGUAGCUCCCACGGCCGAGCCGGAGGAAGUGACCGAAGCGACGGAAGCGACCGAACCUUCGGAGGAGGUGUCCGCGCCCUCCCAGGAACCGGAAGCGGAUUUAGCACUUCCGGAACCUUUGGCGCCGUUGGCGGUGCCGGAUAGUGAGUCGCCGGCCAGCGAGGCGCCGCCCUCCGAGUUGGGGGAGGCGACUGGAGGACAGGAGGGAGCGGAUGCGGAGGCCAAAAGCAACGACGUGUGUCCGUGGGAAGACGAGGAAACAUGUAAAGUGGACACACCAUUUGUGAAGACCUACGCCACCCUGGGAUAUCUGUAAUCAACUUCAACAAUGGUACUACUGUCCUAAAAAAUAAAAAUAUAUUGCUCACAAAAAUCGAAUAGUAAUGUUUCGUAAAAAUUCGAACAACCUGCUUUGAUAAAACCAAACACAGAUGAACAUGGUCCCAAUAAUCCAUUUGAUCCAUUUAAACGGAUAAAACAAAUGAAGUUGUCAGUAUGUAUUUCCUUUACAUAUCUUCGACGAUAUAAUAUCAAUGGGCCAGAUAUUUGUCUUUACAUUUUAACUACAUUGUGUGUGAAACAAUAAAUAAUUUGAACGAGAAGAUUAAAUGAAUAAACAACCGAUUAGCUAAAAUGUUGUGGGACAAAAGGUUUAUUUAAUCUUCGUCUAUUCUAAACAAUUCUGGUAAGGGCAUCAAACAUAUUAAACCUAAAUUGUCCAAAACCGUUUAUCAACGCUAAUGAUGUUAUUUGUCUGGCUUUAUAUAAUUAAUGUGAGUUAUCAGAGGUUUCAUAGGUAGCUUAGAACAUAGGUUAUAAGAAUCUUGAUGUUUGAUGUGCUUUAUAGUAAUUAUAUUAUAAAAAAAGAUAACGGCAACAUCAGCGUUAGUAAACAUUUUGAUUAGGAAAAUGGCACUUUUAUUUUUCGGAACAACCUCACAACAUCAAUCUCAGAACAUUGCACCCUUUCCGUAUAUCGAAAUUUUAAAAAAAAAAACAUUCGGGUUUUUUAACACAGUUGGCGUAUAGUAAAGAAUUUCUUGUGGGAAGAUUUUUAAAAUUUCGGCAAUUGUUUAGGCAAAUUUUCAGUUUAGGAAGGUUGUUCUUUUCAAAAAACGGUUAUUUAUAACGGUCGACAAAGUAACCACGGAUUGGAAUAUCUGUGAGCCCUUAAAUUCAAAUCUGUGGUAAAUUAAUUUACUUUGCAACGACAUUCCAACCAGUUAGAGAAUACACACCGGUUUAUAUUUAGCCCAAGACGUUCAAUGAUAACAGUAUAACAUUGUUGUUAUAAUCGUAUAUAAUCGUUAGCAUACAUACAUAUAUUAUAGAUGUGAAGAUAAUAAAGAAUAAAAUAAAAGUUAAAAAUAUAAUAUUAUAAAGGUACAAUGCUAAACUCAAAAAAAAAAAAAAUGUUAUAACCACUUUCGUAAAUUUUAAGCACGUAUACUACCAUAUAGUUUUAAGAUGUGUUUUAGAUGUAGCUUAAUUAGUGGAUGUAUGGGUAACCCACAGCGUAUUUUCUGACUGUGACACUUUAGUUCGUGCAGAUACGUUUAAAUGUUUGAUGCCGUUAAUAAUAAUUAAAACAGUUAACACCCAAGCAGGUAACCAUACAUACAUUCUUGAAACACUUAUUAAAAGUUUCAUCCCUAGCAAUUCUAUAGUAUUCUAUUCAAUUUGUGAGCAAAACAUUCUACAAAUGCAAAUAAAAAUUAUUUAAGUGGCUGCAAAAGCCUUAAUUUUGGCCUAUACGCAUAUUAUUGUUAAAUUAUCAGUAAAGUAGAAUGACUGUUAUGCUUUUGGAAAAUGUAUAAACAUGGAGAAAAUUUAGUGGCCUGUCAAAUAAGGGAGAUGUAAAUAAGGCUCAAUAUAAAGCUUUGAGUCUAAAUUGAAAAACAAAAAUGAAAAAAAUACUCAAUUAACAAUGUAAUGUUACUUAUUGAUGCUAUUUUUAUGAAUAAAUGUUUUGUCUUUUAGGUAAAAAAUUAAAAUGAUGUGGUACGCAUCUGAUAUUUAAAAGUCAUUACCAGAUGCAGAUUGUUAGCUAUGUAAAUAGUUUUAUAAUAUUAGCUGAUAUACAUUAUUAUUACGAUUAUUAUGAAAUGUUACCACUUAAUGUUCUUAAAAUUUAUUUAAUAGAAUUGUUAAUAGAUAAUGUUAUUAUGAAAUUAUUGUAGAAUAAUAAAAUAAAAACAUUCUGUA